AUGUCAGAGGGAAGUGAAUGGCUUUCGGAGGAUUCCAUAUCGGUAACCUCGCCGAAGAAGCAGCGUAAAGACUACGUCGAUCGUGGCAGCGUCGAGUACAUUUACGGGCACAUCACAAGCCGGAAGCGCGGGCUGAUUAGGGCCUUGACGACCGAGUUCGAUGAGUUUUUCAGGAAAUGCUAUCCUGCUGCUGAAGCUUUAUGCCUCUACGGUCUGCCGAAUUCAACAUGGGAGGUCAGACCUCCGGAUGAGCAGGUGCCGACAGACUUGCCCGAGCCUGUGCUCGGAAUCAACUUCUGUCGGGAUGGCAUGACCAAAUUAAAAUGGGUGAGAUUCAUCGCCCUCCACUCCGAUGCUUGGAUUUGGAGCCUGGCGGGCUUUUACGCAGCCGACCUCAAAAGAGACCGAAGGAUACGGCUCUACAGCAUGCUGAACGAGAUGCCCACCAUCUUUGAUAUCGUCACAGAAAAGGACGGCAAUACAACCACAGCGGCUGGAAUCAUUGCCAACGGCACGGGCGUGCAAUUCGAGCAAAGGCCCAAUUUCGCGUCCACCCCCAAUUUCGCGUCCACCGAUUCUCAGUCUACCGGCCCAUCUACUAGCUCAUAUCAACCAGUCGAAUUACUGCACCUGUUCAAGUAG